AUGCCCAAUCACGUUCACCCCGUCUUCGUCAAACACAUCCAAGAGGUAGAGCCCAGCGCAUCCGUCUCUCUCUCCAAGUGCCCCCCAAUCCUAUCUUCAUCCGGGGCAGGCUACAUCGGCAAGAUAGGCUCUCCCACCGAAGAAGAACAGUAUGUCGGCGAGGCAGAAUCCCUCAAGGCUAUGAACAUUGCAGCACCAGGUCUCGCUCCUCGGCUCAUCGCCUGCAGCGUAAUUGACAAGCAAUUCGCGGAGCUAGACAGCGAGAUCGGGAGGCCAUACUUCCUCUCAGAGUAUAAAGAUAUGGGCUCUCUCUCCGAUAGCUCUGCCAAGAUCCUCGGAAAGAGACUUGCAACCGAAAUACACACAUAUAAGAGCACCAUGGGAUUUGGAUUCCAGGUUCCUACAUUCUGCGGCAACACAAAGCAGCAGAAUGGUUGGUUCAGCUCUUGGGAGGAAUGCUACGACGCGCUCAUUGGAGGCCUCUUGGAUGCCCUCAGGAAGAAAGGAGGCUACGAGAGUCUCUUCAAGCAGGGUGAGGAAGUCAGGAAGCGCGUGAUUCCUGCACUGCUAGGAUCCCUCGUCAUUCAGCCAGUCCUUCUGCACGGCGAUCUAUGGAGUGGAAAUACGGGGACAGAUAGAAAAACCGGUCAACCGGUCAUAUUUGACCCUUCGUCAUAUUUCGGACACAACGAAGCAGACCUAGCAAUGGCACGAAUUUUUGGAGGCAUCUCCGCUGCAUUCUUCGAAGCGUAUCACGAAAACCUUCCAAAAUCAGAUCCAGAGGAUCAGUAUGAGCUUCGAGGAGACUUGUAUGAACUGUAUCACUACUUGAAUCAUACUGUCCUUUUCGGUGGAACAUAUGCCAGAAGUGCAAGACAGAAGAUGGACAGACUUCUAAGGGCAAUUCCUUGA